AUGGGGUGUGUUUCUAGUAAAAAAGCUACAUCAUUUCGUGAAUUGCCUUCAUUUACACCGAAAUCUUGUCUAAACUGUAAACAACCAUACGCUCAUCGAAGAUGGUGUAAACCAUGUGUAAUUAAAAGAUUUAAAUCAGAUUUUGCAAACUGGACAAGUGGGAAUCUUGAAUUGGACAAUUACAUUAGAUACACUCAAUUAAAUAUAACAAAUUCUUCGAGUUUCUUGGAAUGGAUACCUUAUGAUAAGUUCGAUGACGUCAGGGAAAUGUAUAAGGGCGGCUUCGGAAUUGUUUGUAGUGCUAUUUGGGAUCUUGGUCCUAAGUUAUUUUGGGAUGAUGGUGCUGAAAAUUGGGUUCGAGAAGGUGAAAAACCGAUUGCUCUAAAACGUUUACAAAAUUCUCGUAAUGCUGAUCCUGAAUUUUGGAAAGAGCUUCAAAGAAACAGGUUACAAAGUGACUAUGUUUUACGUUGUUAUGGCUUUACUAGGGAUCCCAUUUCAAAAGAUUAUUUCAUGAUAACAGAAUUGGUGGAUGGAGAUCUUAGGCAUUACCUGAGAAUGAACUAUAAAGAUAUUUCUUGGGAAAAAAAAUUGGGCAUCGUUUACAACAUUGCACAUGGUCUUAUGGAAAUUCAUAAUGCAAAUUUGCUUCAUAAAAAUUUUCAUAGUGGUAAUAUUUUGAGACAUUUUAACGGCUCACAAAGUUUAACUUUUAUAUCAGAUUUAGUAAGGCUUCAAUUAUUAAAAUCAGAUGAUUCAAAUUUAAAACCAUUCACCACACCACAUCCACAAGCAAUUUAUAAAAGCCAUCUAUUGGAUUUUGAAAAUUUACCAACUCCUCGUAAUUUAAAUGAUCUUAAAGA